GCUGACUGCUGACCUUGACUGUUGAAAAGCUGGGAGACACGGUCUCACAGCCCAUAAGAUAGGAGAGUUGGUGCUGCCCUUUGAGAAUGCCAGUAGUCUGAGGAGUUUGGAGAGACUGAAUUGGAUUCAGAGCCUUCUGCACCGUGUGAGCACUGGAGAGGACGAUUUUAAGGGACGCCGUUAAGUGAUGAACUUCUUUCUGCUCUGGCCAUUGAUGGCAGUGCAUUUACACAGCCACACUGGGAACGACUGAACAAAGGAAACAACCUUUUCAGUGCAGGAAAACAAGGAACCAUGCUGCAGCCAGUUGUGAGCUGCUCUACAAAGGGGUUUGGGCAGGAUCCAGGAUCGUUCCCAGGAGCUGGUGCAGAUUGUCCGGAGCGCGGACCGACGUGUCAGGAGCCGAGGAGCCAAGGUGGGCAGCCUGGCUGACAGGGAGUCCAUCCUGCAGCGCCUGGACCACCUGGAGGAAGUGGUCUACAACCAGCUAAAUGGCCUUGCAAAGCCUAUGGGAUUAGUUGAAGGUCCAGGAGGCUUGGGCCAGGGGGGAAUGGCUGCUACCCUAAGAGACGAUAGCCAUGAAUCGGAGACUAAAUAUGAAGAAUAUGGUUACAAUGCCCAGCUCAGUGACAGGAUAUCUCUCGACAGGUCCAUCCCUGACUACAGACCAAAAAAGUGCAAGCAGAUGACCUACACAGAUGACCUGCCCCAGAUCUCUGUGGUCUUUAUAUUUGUUAAUGAGGCACUGUCUGUCAUCCUGCGCUCCGUGCACAGUGUUGUGAAUCACACCCCCUCACAUCUGCUCAAGGAGAUCAUUCUGGUGGAUGACAACAGUGACAAUGUUGAGCUCAAAUUUAACCUGGACCAGUAUGUCAAUAAAAGAUACCCAGGUCUGGUGAAAAUAGUGCGCAAUAACAAACGAGAGGGACUGAUUCGAGCCAGAAUCCAAGGCUGGAAAGCUGCAACCUCUCCUGUUGUUGGGUUUUUUGAUGCUCACGUGGAAUUCAACAUUGGCUGGGUGGAACCUGCACUUACCCGUAUCAAAGAAGACAGAAAGCGGAUCAUCUUGCCAGCAAUUGACAACAUCAAGUACAACACUUUUGAAGUGCAGCAAUACGCCAAUGCAGCCCAUGGCUACAACUGGGGCCUCUGGUGCAUGUACAUCAUCCCUCCACAGGACUGGCUCGAUAAAGGGGACGAGUCAGCACCCAUCAGGACACCAGCCAUGAUUGGAUGCUCAUUUGUAGUAGACCGAGAGUAUUUUGGUGAGAUUGGCUUGCUUGACCCUGGCAUGGAGGUUUAUGGAGGAGAAAACAUUGAAUUAGGCAUGAGGGUCUGGCAAUGUGGAGGAAGUAUGGAGGUGCUACCCUGCUCUCGUGUGGCACACAUCGAACGCACAAAGAAGCCCUACAACAAUGACAUCGAUUACUAUGCAAAGCGCAACGCCCUUCGGGCCGCAGAGGUCUGGAUGGAUGACUUCAAGUCCCAUGUUUACAUGGCGUGGAACAUCCCCAUGGCAAACCCUGGAGUUGAUUUUGGAGAUGUUUCUGAAAGAAUAGCUCUACGACAGAGACUGCAGUGCCGGAGUUUUAAGUGGUACUUGGAGAAUGUCUAUCCUGAAAUGAGAGUCUAUAAUAACACAGUCACUUAUGGAGAGGUGCGUAACAGCAAAGCCAGUGGCUACUGCUUAGAUCAGGGAGCUGAAGAGGAUGACAAAGCAAUCCUUUAUCCAUGCCAUGGAAUGUCCUCUCAGCUCGUUCGCUACAGCUCUGAUGGUGUCCUGCAGCUGGGGCCGCUGGGCUCCACGGCCUUCCUGCCUGACUCCAAAUGCCUUGUUGAUGAUGGGAAGGGCAGGACGCCGACUCUGAAGAAGUGUGAAGAUGUCCUGAGACCAGCACAGAGGUUCUGGGAUUUUACGCAGAAUGGUCCAAUCAUCAGCAGAGACACUGGCCGUUGUCUAGAAGUGGAAAUGUCAAAGGAUGCAAAUUUUGGGCUCAGAUUAGUUGUACAAAGGUGCUCGGGGCAAAAAUGGAUGAUUAGAAACUGGAUAAAACACGGCCGACAUUGAUUGCUGGGGCUGAGAGGCUGCUUCUCCUGCCAUUGCCCAUUGCUCAGUGUGCCAUAUCUUGCAAGGCAUUUGUCCUAAAGCAAAAUAGUUUGAACAGAACUUGGAUCUAAACUCCAUAGUUGAGCAAUCAAUGGAGGAAAAAAAAAGAGGAAGAGAAAAAAAAGCAAAUACAUACAUGCUCUCUUUGACUAUUUCUUGCUACAGUAGACAACCUGGGAAGCUUAAGAAGAGUUUUCUGUUUAUUUGGAAGUCUUGGGAAGAUCAGAAGACUCAGAAAAGUGUGUUCCUAAGCUCUCCUAGGGGAAUUAAUAGACAGAUGUUUCUAUGAGUUGAGAGAUCCCAAUACUGCCUCAUAAAGAGAGUUCUCUGAUGGGUAGCUUUUUAGCUUUAAGUUAUUGACUGGUGCACAAAUCCUAUGGUGAAUAAUCAUGUGCCUUUUUUAUUGUACUUCGUAUACAAGAGGACUGGAAAAAUCCUACCUUUUCAGCAUGUCUGGCUCAUUGUACUAAAACGAAGACCUGUAAAUAACACUGGUAAACAUGAUACAAUACAUGAGAAAUUUCAAGGUUGAUUGUUUAGGAGUCUCUAUCUCUAGAAAGAGGCUAUUCUGCAUAUGUUUACAGGUGGUUCUCAACCUUCACGCUGCUAAAAGGCAGCAUUUUAGAGACCUCUUCCAUAGACACAGAUAUACGUUGAAUAGGUAAAAUAACCACGUUCCAUUGUAUUGCCACAUUUUACAUUUCUUGACUGUAAAGGAGUCACAAUAUAGCACUUGCAUAUUUAACUCUUUAGAGGCAGUAAAUGUAUGGGUGGAUAUGGAGAGGCCUCUGCUGGCCUUCAAGCCCCAAGUACAGGUUCAAGGCUCCCAUCCUGCAGGGCUGUGCCUGCAGGUACACUUGGUGUUGUUCCAGCAACCGCCUGGAAGCCGGAGGCAGGGAACACUGGAUGCUCGUUACUUCUGCAAAUAAGGUGACUUAGUUGCCAACUGUGGAAUUCAGCAAUUUGAAGCUUCCAUUUUGUUGCCCAUCUUGUGAAAAUGUCAAAUGUGAGCAAACAUGCUUUGUGAGCACUGUCUAGACAAAUUUCCUGAACAAACCAACAGAGGCUUUUCAGUAUUUGAAAACAAACACAAACCUAGUGCUACGAGAAGAAGUUCGAGCAGGCCUGAACUAGGCAGCUUAUAUAAGAAACGUUACUCUGAAAUAUAGAUAUUUUACUGCAUUUGACCUGGUGACAGCAUAUCUGUGAACCUGCAUUUAAUAAUGUAUCCAAUGGCUCAUGCAGUGUCUGUGCACGGGCAGCCAGAGCAAUGGCAGAGCCUUGCCCAAGAGGCGGUCGGAGCCGAUGACCACAGCCAUGGUCAGCAGGCUUUGGGUGCGGGUCAACGACAGACAGCUUUUCACUGCAGUAAAUUCAGUCACACUGAAUGACAGAGACAGCAUCUUAACUUUGUUGUUUAAUAUUUUAUAGUACUUUUAAAAAAGGUUUUGUUUUGUUUUACUGAGCUAGGAAAAUAGGUAAUUGCAGACACUGCAGUACCAUAAAUCUUGGUGAUCUGUUUCUUGAAGAGCUUUUGCCGUUCCUAUUUCAAGGCAUGCUGAACAAAAUAAAUUGGAAACAAAGUUAAUUUUUCAAGGGCAUGGUAUGUAAUAAAAUAUUUACUUUUAACAUGCAAAUUCCAUCAGUUGUUGUCAACUCUUGGUUGGCAUCCAGAGAGCACAUCACCAUAUUUUGCCCCAUUUUAUCUUUGCAAUUGUGUGUACAAUAUGUAAUACAAAGUCUGGAUUUUAAUUUUUUUUUAAUUUUUUUUUUUUUGUGGCUAAUAGCUUAUCUUUAUUUAUGUCACAUGCACCAGGUUAUGCAUGAAUAUAUACAAAAGAAUAAUUAUGGCUGAGGUUCUAAUAUAAAAAUGGUUUAAAUUCUGCAUUUAUGGUUACUUGACCUCUAGAACAGCGUGCAGGGAGGGGUAACAUCUUGAAUUAAUCAAGCAUUACGUUAAAAUCAUGGAUGGACUCAGUACUCAAUCCUUCUUGCAGGGCUGAAACAGAGGUAGGAAGAUUCAGGCUAAAUAUAGAUUGGGAGCAGUUGCCCUGCAUUUAACCUCAUUAUGUUAAUCUACCAGACAAUUAAAAAAGCCAGUCACCGUCUACAAGGCAGUAUAGAACUUCUAUUUGUAAGUGACUUUUGAUCUUCUCUCAGAUACAAUUUAAAAGGGGAAAACCGUAUGGAAGUUUUAUUUCUUCUUUUGUUUAUUCUAACAGAGUGUUAUGGCGUGGCUGAGGGAGGCAGGAAGACAGAAGGGAAAGUUACUUUUACCUGGUGAGUUCUGGGGGGAGCAAAGUGGCAAGUUGUUCACGCCUUGUGUAGUCUUUCAGUUGAGCACAGCUAACUGUGAAGGUGGCACAAAGGUGAAAAUAGUUAUAUGUGUGCAUACAGUGUGGCACCUCGAUGCCUCACUCCUAGGAAUGUAAAGUUACUGCACCCAACAGAAGCGAAUGUGCUACAUGUUGGUUGUGUUUUUUUCUUGACAAAUGGUCAAUCUAGACUUGAUCCUUGGUUAGCAAUAGGGCAGCGAGCUUUUCAACCCUUUGCACAGGAAAAAGGAGAAAUACCAAAUCUGCUCCCCUGAAAAAUAAUGCUGUAUUUGCUGUUUAGAAGCUUUGAAGCUGAGAAGACCAGAUAGAUGUGCUUUUAUUGUCAAAGAUUUUAAGCAAAAAUUAUUGCCCUUCAUUAUCACACCACCAUAACGAACAUGAAUUGGCUGUCCUGGGAAUUACAUGGCUGCACUUUUUUGGUGCUCAGUGCAAAGCAUUAGAACGUGGCCACGUGGUCUAACCAAGGGUCAGUCCUGGCAAGCUUUGAGUGCAGAGGUCACGCAUCGCUGGAAGCCUGCAAGAACCAGGCUUUCAGUAUGAGAAAGAAUGCAGAUUUCUGUGAUAGUUAAAUGGCUCUGAGAUUUAUGGAAUAAUAUAAAAGAAUUCAAAUAACUUAAAGGUAAGGUUGGUUUUCUCUGUGAUUGUCAGGGUGUUUUUUUUAAGACUUAAUGAAACAAUUUCUUAUAUUUAAGAAAUACGUCUGUUGUGUUCUUUUUCCUUUGGUCUUUAUCUGUCUGAACCACUGCUUUGACUGUGGUAUUAACAUGGUAAAUCUGCAUGUGAGAGAGUCUUAAAUAUUCUCUCAUAAAAGGAGACAAUAAUAAAAAAGGCUUGAGUAUUAUCUGUUUUAACCAAAGUCUAUGGGUCUCUUGUCAGUAUUUCACCCGUAGUGUAAUCCAAAGUCCUGCUUCAUGUUGUUUCAAAUGCUCAGUCAUGUUUCCUGCAGUGCAGAUAAUCUCAAAAGUAUUUAAUGCCUUGUAGAGGAAAUUCAGAUAAGAAAAGAGUAUUUUUUGUUUAAGAGAUUUUGGAGUUAAACACUAUCUCCUGGGACAGAGGAAUAGAAGGCAAGGAGCACCAGUUUGAGUAUCCUAGGCAAGCAUGACAAAAAAUACUUCUGUAAGCAUGUCAAGAUCCUUUUAAAACAAGUUUGAGUCUUGUAUGGAAAAAAAAAACCUUUCAGAAUUCUCUCCUUUGAGAGUUAUAAACUGUCUUUCAAGCUGAAUUUGUUCUUGGCUGGAGUGAAACCAUUUGUUCCUCAGCCAGACUUGUUAACCAGCUUUAUCGGCUUAGUGGUUCUGAGGCAUGGUCACCUCCAGUGGAAAGGAGCUGAGAGAAGGAAGAAAGUUUUUUAAAGGUGUCACUGAAGGAUUUGAUUGAUUGCACUGGAAUUACAUAAAUGUUGUACUCCUCCAUGAGGCAUGAGAACUCUUCAGGAGUGUCCCGCAUCCCAAAACUAAAAGCUGGUUCCACAGACAGAAUACAAAAACUAAGGCAGUUCUUCACUCUGAAAGCGUCGAACCAUCUAUCACAGUUUAAUGAUUUGGAGCUUGACAUGUCUGAACAUCAAGCCCUCCUUGUCCUUUGGAAACUGCUCAGAUCUCUUUUCAUCAGCCUGCUCCUUUAUAAAAACAGUUUCAGUAGAUGAGAACCUCAAGUGCUGUGUGACAAGGGUUGUAAUCCAUCUGACAUAGGACAGCCGAAAUUUUAAAUGCUUAGGCCACGUCUAAUAAGCAUUAGUGGAAUAGCACAAGUCCUAAUCUGUUCUCCAGAUCAAUUACACGUUCCUUCAAAAUCCAUCAUUUACUUGAAUCCAUUCAUUAGCACCCAUACCAAAGCACCAUAUAGCCCGUUUGGGGACAAAAUGAGUUCCACUGUGAGAACUUCAACAAAAAUUGUGGUGCAGGGAGAGGUUGGUCUGUUGUUAUUCAGCUAGGACACAAAUAGCUCUGGGUUGUUUUGUGGUUUUGUUUGCUUCUUUGUUUUUUUUUUUGUUUGUUUGUUAGGCAAAAGCCUUUGUGAGGAAGAACAACUGUCAGAAUUCCCUCAGUUGAAAACGGUUCUAUUUUUGACUGAAGUUCCAUUUUUGACUGCUGCUAUUUUGACUAACUGCUACUUAGCACUGACACAGUCAGUCCUGAGGUCAUGCUACAGAUAAAAGAUGGUAUUGCAAAUUGGAGGAACUAGCUAACAAGACGGAUAGAAACCAUGGGAGGAUCAUGUCUUCACACAACUCUAAAUGUGGAUUCACAAAAAUAAACCUAGUGUUAUGUUCUCUCAGGAUGGAACCACAAACUUUAUAUAGUUUUGAAUUCCUUCAUUAAGAAUACCUGUUCAAGAGGCCAGAUCUCACCUUACAGACUUUUUUUCUUUCUGAUGAUGUUAGUGGACUUAGUGUGGCAGCCGUAAUCAUUGGGUACAUGGAAAAAUGGAUUAAUUGGCGACAAUCUACUGAAGCAUUCAUAGUGUGCAUUACCAGUGUGGUAACACAGAUAUUCAUCAACCCCCAGUGCACUGACUGUUUUCUCCUGGAGAUGGAGUCUGCUUACUUAGUGAAAUAAGGGAACUCAAGGAGUCUCUACUGCAACGCUACAGCUAAUAAUUCUCCGUGAAUUUGGCACAAAGCACACCAAUAUUUACACCUCUAGACUCACGUAAUUAAUUAGCUUCAGGUUCUCUCUUAACAGUCUCCCAUCUCUGGCAACCGUUGAAAAUACCUUGUCCUUCUGAGUGCCUGGAGUAUCUUACACCAUGUGAAGAUUUUAGCUGUCUCUGCAGUGCAACAGCCUUAGAUAAAAGAUGUACGAUGACCUCUCAGUGCAUUGUAACUGAUAUUAGAAUGGUUUCACAAAAUAUAUUGAUUUAUUUAAAAAUACUACUAAUAUGUAACUAAAGAUAUUGUCCUCAUGGAUUACCCUAAGCAAAAACAAUGUUUUUUCUUUGCCCAAAAAUAUCUACUCAUAAAUAUCCCAGUGAAGCAAUACCUGCCAACCUGAUUUCAAAGAACAGAAUUUCUGAAUCACGACUGUGCUUCAGAGACAUGAAGAAGCACUUCUACGUUUCACAGAGCUGCAGUUUUCUCUUGGCCAUCAAAAAGUAUUGCCCAGUUUUAAACUCAUUGUAAUAAGUUUAAUUAAAAAAAAAAAAAAAGCACCAACCAGAAGGCAAGUUGUGACUGCAAAUAAUUUUUCAUUAUGUGGCACAUCAUCAAAUCAAUUUGUAUUUACACUUGAAAAGUUAAUAAAUUACUAUGCAUUUUGCUGCUGG